AUGACCCAAGUAAUUCAAAGUUAUGAAUUGCUACUUCAAAAGUUGGUGAGCAAUCAUAUCGGAAGUGAUUCCUCUUCUUCCUCAACGACUCUAGAUUCCGUUGAUUUGCAAUUACUGUAUCAAGAUUCCUAUCCAACAAAUAUUCAUGUUCCAUUUACGGUCAAAACAUUUCUCUCCAUAUGCAAAGCUUUGAGUGAACUGCACUCAUGUAAUAUUAGUCACAACAGUAUCCUACCAAAGAAUGUUCUAGUGCUUGCGAAUGAUCUGCAACAAAUCCUUAAUGCAGAGAUUAUUCUACAAAUACCAAGUUUUGGUCUUGAAACUAUUAGAGACACUUUAAACGACGAACAUGUCACAUAUUUUUCAAGACAAGCAUUUGAGAAUGACAAUGAACCAUUCUCCACAUCUAAUGACAUUCACAUGCUAGGAACAAUGAUUCUUGGUGUACUGUUUAAGGAGGAAAUUGAUCCAAAGUUACUCGAUAUCGACGAUUGGAAGAAUGAAAUGCAAAAUAUUAAAGACAGAGUAUAUAGAGCGUUAAACCCUGAAGGUUUGCACAGUGACUCAAUUGACGUUCAAUUGGAAGUGGUCUUGAAGAAGAUUCUAAAUAUUGCCUUAGAUUGUUUGUCUCCUCAUGAACAAGACAGGCCAAGCAUUUCUGAUGUGUUACAGAUUUUUACAAUCUGUCAAGAAAAAUUGUCUGAUCAUGACAAUGAACGAGCUGAGUUAAUGCCUUCAAGAAAACCCAAACCACAAGUAGCCACCAAAGCCAACAUUGUUGUUCCAGCAAUUGAUUACAAUGAUGAUAUUAACACAAGAACAAGAUCAGACUCCAUCAAUUCUGAGACAUCAGGACGAAAAUCUAGAUCGUGGAAAGCAAUCAUCAAACCUUUCACGAAUUUAUUUGUUAAGAAAACAAAAAAGACGUAG